AUGGGAAACAAACCCUCAUAUCUCCGCACUCCAGAGCUAUCCAAGGAAACUCUCUUUACAUCUGGUAAGGGAGUGGUGUACAGGAUUCCUGCUCUAAUCUACCUCGGAGACGACAAGAUCCUGGCCUUUGCAGAGCACAGGAAGACUACAGAUGAUGCCAGCACAGUGGCACUGGACAUGAGAACAGGAAAGGUGAACAGGAAUAAGGGAACCAGUCCUGCAGUGACGAUUGAGUGGUCAGAUGUAAAAGAAGUUACCAAGGCACAUCUUCAUGGAUGCCGUCCUAUGAACCCCUGCCCGGUGUAUGAGAAGAAAAACAAAACACUGUUCCUGUUUUUCAUCUGUGUCAAAGACGGAAUCACAGAGCAAUGGCAGAUAGAGCACCACAAAAACGAGACCCAUCUCUGCUACAUCAAGAGCAAUGAUGAUGGCCAAACCUGGAGUGAGGUGACUGUAUUCACUGAAAAUGAGUUGGAUGAAAUCAAGCAGUGGGACACAAUGGCUGUUGGGCCAGGCCAUGGUAUUCAAAUGGAGAGUGGUAGAUUGAUUGUCCCACUUUAUGCUUUUUAUCGUGAAAAAUCUCAGCCUGAUUCUCCCUUCUCCCUCUGCCUGUACAGUGAUGAUCAGGGUGACACUUGGACACUGGGCAAGAAACUUAAAAUGAAAUCCAAUGAAUGUGAAAUGGCAGAGGUUUUCAAUGAUAAAGGCAAGAGCAGAAUCUACUGCAAUGCUCGUAAUGCAAAGUAUCGAGUCGAAGCUGUUAGUAAAAAUGGAGGAGAAGAGUUUAGCUGCCUCAAUAAAAAAAUACUGAACGACACAGGCAAAGGCUGUCAGGGAAGUGUAGUCUCCUUUCCAGAUCCAAGCCAGCCAGCUCGUAACAAGUGGCUCCUCUUCAGCCACCCGACUGAUCUGUCCCAAAGGGUUGAUUUAGGAGUGUAUCUGAACAAAUCCCCACAGGAUCCAACACAACGGAGCAAACCCUCCAUCAUCAACUAUGGACCCAGUGGUUAUUCAGACCUGGCUUACAUUGAUGACGGUUGGUUUGUUUGUUUAAUGGAGUGUGGGAAGCAUGCAUACACUGAGCAGAUAGCGUGUCGGGUUUUUAGCUACAAUGAUGUCGAGCGGGCCAUUGCAGAGUAG